CACUCACUCACUCAGAGACCAACUCAAUUUCAGCACACUUACCAUUUCACAUAAGCAGAGAGUAGCUACUACCUACAACUAACCAACGAAGCGAAUGAACUCGAUUGACACAGAGCAGUACUCUGCAGGUUCAUCAUCUGAAGCUUGCUCGGAUAUGAUGCUAGCAUCAGCUAGGCCAAAGAAGUGUGCAGGGUGUCGAGUGUUCAAGGAGACAAGGCACCCUGUGUACCGAGGAGUGAGGAGCAGGAACAACAACAAGUGGGUGUGCGAGGUUCGUGUUCCCAAUGACAAAACAACCAGGAUAUGGCUCGGCACCCACCAGACACCUGAGAUAGCGGCCCGUGCGCACGACGUUGCGGCGCUCGCGCUUCGUGGGAAGUCCGCUUGCCUCAACUUCGCGGACUCCGCGUGGAGGGUGCCGCCGUUGUUGCCGGCGUCAAACAGUGCAAAGGAGCUUAGGAGAGUGGCAACGGAAGUUGCACAUGCGUUUGCGGCUGAGGACCGUUGCCAUGGCCAGCAACAGCAGCAGCAGCAAACUUAUAAUGGUGAUCAGCUCUGUAGCACCGGUGACAGCGUUGAAGUUGUGGAAAACAGUAAUAAUAGUGAUAAAACAUUGCAUGACUUGGAAAGGUUGUGUUUUGAAUUCGAUGAAGUACUUCUUCAGGGUGGUAUUGAGGAAGAACAGGACCUGCAUGGUUGGAUUCGGAACAUGGAGGAUGAGCCUUUAAGAUCUCCACAGCAUCCAUUUGAGGGAUCAUAUGCUAAAAGAGUGAGAAAGUGAAGAAGUCUAGUUCUAAGUUCUAAUGAAGUGGGUGUUGUUCUUUCUAUAGAAGCCUCUUGCUCGAGGAAGCUGUUGAGCUGAAGUUUCUGGAGUAAAUUUGCGGCGAAGGAAGAAGGAGGCUUAGGUGCCACGAGAGAGAUGUUCUUUACGCGAGCUUCUAUUGGAGGAACAGAAUUUUUAAAAACGAUGUCGUUGAAUGAGGAGACCAACGUUCACUGCCUCCACAAGUUCAGCUUGUGGCGCUAAAGAAUGACACCUGGCGGAGAGAGUGCGAUACUUUUUCAUCGGACAGCUCCAUUGAAAAAGACGUCAAAGAAGAUGAGGAUGCCCCACGUCACAAGAUAGGAGUCAAAACCAUGCUAUUGGUGCUUUUCUAGCUACUACUAUAUAGAGUAAUCUUUUUCUCCUUAAAAUAACUUGAUAUUUAUGGAUAAUUAUCCCAAACUAGGUUCAGCAAAAAACAUAUAAUGUGGCUUAAAAUAGUUAGAUCCGAGAAACUCUUUAGGAAAGUAUAUUCGGAAUCUUAGGUUGAUAAUAAUUAGGAACAGUUGGUUUGCGCACGCGCGGACUGUGUACAAUGUAGGGGGCGGGGGAAGC